CGCGGUCACACUGAUCCACGCACACAUACACUUAUAUACUGCGCUUUGUCAGGUCGAGAGUUGCAAAGCAUACAUACAAUACAAUAUUUUAUUGCUGGUUUUGGUGGUAAAUUUGCAUUUGUUAAUGGCCGUGGCCAAGACAGACGUGCCCGCUUUUUAACUCAAACCAAACAAACAAACACACGUCUCUCUCUGUCUCUCUCAAUGAAAAUCGAUCAUCAAGUGUUUUUCAAUUAACUUGUAUCCCAUAUGUAAAAAAAAAACUACAAAAAACAAAAACAAAAUAAAAAGAAUAUAUCGAAACUAAAACAAAAUGUAUACUAAGUAACGAUACCGCAUAAGACUGUCAUUAUUAUUAUUAUUGCCGCCGCGUUUAUCUGUAUCUGUAACAGUACCUCAGUAUAUGUAUCUGUAUCUCACUGACCAACUACUGCAAAAGCGCAAACUUCAAACUGCACACACCUCAGCCUCAGCCUCAACGUCAAAGCUCAUGUUAAGCUCGCCUCCAUACGCCAACUUAUUAUAUAUCAACAUAUAUAGUAUUAUUCCUCGUACCGCCUACCAACAAAUACUACCAACAACAACAACUACUACCAACAACAACAACCAGAACCAUCAACAUUCUGCAACUCUUGGCAAGAGACUCGGCUUUAGUUUCUAAAUGAGUUUUGAAUAACCAAAAAGAAUAAAUAAGAAACCAAUUGCAAACGUAAGUUUCGAGGGCAACAGCCGCAGCAUGCUGAACUCCAAUGCCAAUCAUUCUGGCAACAGCCGUCGGCCAUUUUCGCGUAAUUCCUCAUCGGCCCGCUCCCAUCGCGGACGCAUGCUCUAUUCCCCGCAUCCCCACGGACAACAGCAGCAGCAGCAGCAACAACAACAACAGCAGCAGCAGCAACAACAGCGGAACAACAACAAUGGCCUUGUGCCGGGUCAUAGUCCCUGGUGCAAUGUCAAUCUAAAUCGCCACAAUAAUGACAGCGGCAAUAACAACAACAACAACAACAGUAACAACAACAAUGCCAAUAAAGAUGCAAUCGAUGGCAGAAAUUCAAAUUGCGAUGUACAAACAAGUAAUUCUAGCGGAACUUGUAUUUAUAAUAACAAUAGCAAAACGCAUCAUCACAAUAACAACAACAACAGUCUUAACCUUAAUCACAGUCAAAAUACCCACCAUAGUCAUCAUCAGCAUUAUCAUCCAACAUUAUCAUCAUCUACACAUUCCCACUCACAGUUUAACAGUAACAGUAACAGCCCCCAUAACAUUAACAGUAAUCGUACCAAUAGUUAUCAUCACGCCAUUUCCAACACUGCACACAACAACAACAUCAAUUGCAAUGAUAACACCAACAACAAUACUAGUAAUUUGAGUAGCAUUCUUCGUGCAUCACAGCAACACAAUGAAAACCACAAUCCCAACAUCCUGAAUUCGAAUUCGGGUUCGGGUUCGACUCCCAGCUAUCACAGCUAUUAUGAUAUGUGUCACAGUGCGUCAAGUGCGACGUCCGCUUUUGGUUCCAUGUCCGUGUCCGUUGUCAGACUGCAGAAUCCAGCACGCUUAUGUUUAACCGUUGCCACUCCUCCCUCGCCAUCACCGCGACGUUCCCCCCUCGUAGUGUCCUACAACAACAAUAAUAACCUGCAUUACUUAAGUCAACACCAAAGUUACAAUCAUAAUCAUCAAUAUCACAGCACUCAUCAUAACCCAAAUUACCAACCACAACCACAACACCAACAACAACAUAAUCAGCAAUUACUACUAGUACAACAACCACAACCACCACCACCACAACAACAACAACCGACUAAUCGCCAAUCCCUCCCGCUAACACGUACGAAUUCAAAUUCAACAACCGCAACUUUCAAUUCAACCAAUACAACAACAAAUAGUAACCCUACUGAUGUUGUGAAUGUCAAUUCUUGUACCGAUAUAAUUCCUCAUGGGUCGUCUGCGCCACAACAACAACAACAACUACACCAACAACAACAAAUGUGUUCACAACGGCAACAACAACUACAACGACGAUCUCAAAACCAAAACCAUCAUCAACUGUCGCCGUCGCUUCUUAUGAUCAACUUCAACCAAAUGACUGAUUCUCACAUUAACAAUGCAUCAAAUGCGUCACCCUCCUCCACCAAUAGCCACAACCAAGGCCCCUCCGGUCCCCCUCCUCUGCUGCUGGGACCGGGUCAUGGCCACCACAAUCAGCGUAGCUACAACAACAAUAAUAACAACAACAAUCGCAACGGCAACAACAAUGCGAAUGGCAAUGGCGGAAAUGGAAUUGGAAAUGGCAAUGGUAACCCUAAUGGCGGCAGCCCUGCAGAUUACAUGAAUUACCGUCGAGCCUGUCAACAUCACAAUAAUAACAACAACAAUAACUCGGGCAACGGCCACAACAACAAUCGUCGCCACAAUGGCAGCUACGAAAGGAAUCCCAACAAUAAUCACUUUGGUGGCAAUGGCAGCUCGGAACAAGGCCUAGAUCAUCGAUCUGAUGGCGGCUAUAGCUUUAUGCGCAACGGUGGCGGCUACGGUCGCAAUGGAUCCCACUACCAGCACAUGGGCAAUGGCUAUAACAACAACAAUGGUGCGUCCACAUCAUCUGCUGGCCAAGGUUUAAUGGGCGAUAUGCCCUCGGGAUCUGGACUGUCGGGCUCGACACUCUCGCUGAACAAUGGACCAGGGCCGAAUGGCCUUAACUCCGAUAGUCCAUCGCGAAAGCGUCGUCGUAUCUCAGGGCGACCUAGUCAAUCUCCGCCAGCGAUUUGGGAGCCAAGACGCUCACAGCGUGUCAUGAUGCAACAGGGAAGUCCACCAUUGCGUCGGCCACGUUUGCGUGAUGUUGUCACAUCCACACAGCAGCAGCAGCAUCAGCAGUAUGCCGCACAGCAGCAUCACGCACAACAGCAGCCGCCACCGCCCAACUACCAUCAGAUGCACCACCAUCAGCCGCAUUUCGUGUCGCAGCAGCAGGCGCAUCCUCAUGGGCAUCCACAUCGCUCGCCCUGGGAUCUAACAGGCCAAGGCUCUGGAGCUGGGGCUGUGGGCAAUGCGGCCGCUGGCAAUGCAGGUGCUGUUGGUCCCUCAUCCAGUAGCACAGUAGGCGCCAUGCUACAGCAGGUGCAGGCACCACCGCCACAGGCACCGCCCACACAUCAGCAGACGGUCUCUGCUGGUCCACCACCACCACCACCCACUUCGCUGAUGGUCGAUCUAAAUCUGAACCAAGUGCCCGUUAGCCUGGCUUUGCGGCACGAGCCCAUCUGGGCCUCCUUCUGCACGUAUCCGGCGCACGUCUCGCUGCCAGCGCAGGCUCGCUUGGCGCCCUGCCAUCUGCACGGCAUCUACACGCAACCCUUCUCGGCGGCACCCGCUGGACUGGCGGCUGCUCCACUGCAGGUGGCCCAGGUGCCAACGCCCACACAGGUGGCUGCGGCUGCCGCAGCGGCACAAGCGAUGAUCCAGCAGGCAACGAUCACGGCACAGCAGCAGCAACGUGAUGUGGCCGCCAUUGCGGUGGCCAAUUUGACACUGGAGCCGCCCACACAUCACUUGGACGGGCAUCAGGCAGCCGCAGCAGCGGCGGCGGCAGCAGCAGCUGCAGCAGCAAGUGCUCCGGUCGGUGCUCAAGCGCCACACUCACAUCCCCAUCCCCAUCAGCAUCCGCAUCAGCAUUCGCAUCCGCAUCAGCAUCAGUUGCCGCCAAGUCACAUCCACAUCGCAUCUAUGAGCGCUGCAGCGGCGGCGGCAACACAGCACCUACAUUCCACGGCCGCAGCGGCAGCAGCUGCCGCACAUGUGACACAGAUGUCGGCGGCACCGCAGCAGAUCAUCAUAUCGUCGGAACGACGCACAUUCCCGCCCCACAGGCGCAUUCCGCGCUUCUGGCCGGCAAAUCCUGGAGCUCAUCGUCAUGUGCUGCCGCCGCAAUCUCUGGCAGCCCAUCAGGCGCCCGUGCAGAUUCAAACCACCGCUGGCAUCAUCAAUCCGGGCUUCUUGCUCAAUUUCCUUGCUAUGUUCCCCCUGUCACCCUACAAUCAACACGACCUAAACUCCGCGGACACCAAUGAGACGGAGAACUAUGAGGCGCUCCUCAGUCUGGCCGAACGUCUAGGCGAGGCCAAACCCCGCGGUCUGACCCGCAACGAAAUUGAUCAGCUGCCCAGCUACAAGUACAAUCCAGAGGCCCACAAUGGUGAUCAAUCCUCCUGCGUCGUCUGCAUGUGCGACUUUGAGCUGCGUCAGCUGCUACGUGUCCUGCCCUGUUCCCACGAGUUCCACGCCAAAUGUGUGGACAAAUGGCUACGCUCCAAUCGCACGUGCCCCAUUUGCCGUGGCAAUGCCUCGGAUUACUUUGAUAGCGCCGAUCAUCAGCAGGCAGCUCAAGCCCAAGCUCAGGCGCAAUCGCAAGUGCAAGCCGCGGGAGUUGCUGCCACUGCGGCAGGUGCAAGCAGCGUGGCAGGAUCAACAGCGACCAGUGGUAGCAAUGCACCAUCAUCGGUGGCUGCCGCAGUGGCUGCUGUUGCAGGCACUAACAAUGUGCAGCAGAGUCAGGCUGCCUAAGGAGUGUGUUAACAUUUAUAUAUUCAAGAGAUAACACCAACAAUAAUAACCACAAAAAUAUAAAUACUACACGCUUUCGCCACGUCGUCCAGGAUCGGAGCACAUCUACAAAUACAACCAAACAAACAAAUAAACAAAACACACACAGAGUUUGCCUACAUGAGUAAUUGAUAAAACGCGCAACGAAUCCAACUGCCAAAUCGCUUCCCUUUUAACCAGGCCACUUCAAUAGCUUGUUGUAGAACUAAACUUAGGCGGUAGUUGUAUGUAAGUAACAAAUAGUAACAGUAACUUGUAAUCAUAAUCAAAAAAAAAAAAACAAACAAAAAAAACCAAACAAAAACAAAAUGCAUACCACCAAGAUUUCAUUACAUACAUAAGUACUCUUCGUGCAUACGUAUCGAUAGUCAAUAAUCGAUAGUAUUGUUAAAUGUGCUAAACUUGAGCGAACUAGAACUAAUGAAGUUGAAAGUCAUCACUGAUUUUUCUCCAGCAGUGCAGUGCUAAUGGGGGUCGAUAUUACAACAAAAAAAAAAAAGAAAAGAAUUGUUGAGCUCAACUGCCGCCUGUGCUUCUUUAUAGUUUCCUUGCAUCACAUGUAACAACCAACUUCAUAAAUAUCGAGUGCAUACUAAGUAUAUAUACCUGUACUAAAAAUGGUGUAUUUUGAAAUGUUGCUGUCCACACUCACACACACAAAUACACACUCACACGCUGCAUACAAACAUAUAUUAAUUAACGCUAUAUAUGCAAUUGAGACAAAGAAAAAAAAAAUGAAAGAGAAAAUCAAAUAUAUUUGUACUUGUUUAUGCUUUACGUUAUCUUAUUCUUAUAUAAACAUAUUACAUACAUACACACAAGCAUAUAAUAUUUGCAUUUUAUUUUAUCUUUAUACUUACAACAAAUAUUGUAUAUUAUACGAGCUGAACCCACUGAAGGAAGUUUUUCUUCUUUUUGCACUAAGCAAACAAAACAAAAAAAAAGGAAAUUAAAUUACAAAACAAGAAUAAUAUGUACUAAAAAUGGAAAUUGAACUCUUUCUAUUUUGCGUUUCAACAAUUUUUAAUUAGUAUACAUAAACUAUAUUAAACAAGCAACUAACUUUGAAACAUAUAAGCAAUCUUUGAAAUCGACUUAAAAAAAACACACAAUACCAAUGGGAAUCGUAUAGGAACGUUUAACACACAACAACAAACAUACUAUAUACAUAUACAUACACACACAUACGUACGUAUAUAAUAAUGAUCGAUAGCACACACAUACUUGCAUGCAUACAUAAUGAUAUAACUUUAGCAUUACAAAGAGUUCAACGCGGUACCCAAUUAUCUAGACAACCUAACCUCACUUUGUCCUGACUGACUAACUAACAAACUUGCUUCUUGACUCAGAUCGUGAAUGAUUAUCUUCAAAAUGCGACGGACUUUGCCAUUUCAACGGGGCCUGUCAUAGUCACCUUGGGUAUCGGGUUGUAACAUACAUAUUAGUAUGGCAUGGAUGAUUAUCGUUGGGCUUAUCUAACUACAUACAUACAUACAUUUGUACUCUGUCGUAGACGUGUGCGUUGUUAUGCAAUUGCUAUAUACUUGUAUGUAUGUCGUGCAUAAGUACACAAUCCCCCUGCAUACACAUAAACUAAAAUAUUAACAUAUAUAGUGUGUUAUAUACAUACAUAUUCUAUCCUGAAUGGGAAUGGGGAGCUCCGGCAGCUCCAGUUCCGUAGUCUUUUGCCUUUUUCAAUACAGUAUGUAACGUGUUUAUCAUGCUCUACUUACACACCUAAAACCUCCUUGAAUUUGAAUCAAUGUGACUUGUCUAUUAAAAGUAGCACGCUGGCCGAGCAUCAGAUGCAUACAUAUGCAUAACGCGUAUGUGUGCAUGUACUUUAUACAUAUACAUAUAUAUACAAAUACUAUAUAUAUAUAUAUCGAUCUAUAUAGAGUUUUCUUCUCAAUUACAUAUGUACGACAUUUAUAUGCACUACAACUAGCCUAUGGAAUCCGUACGUUUUUAACAAUAUACAUGUGCUAGUAUAUAUUGAACAAUUACAACAAAUAACUAACAAUAAUAAUGUGUUAAUACUACUAUGUACGAAAAUAUACUUACAAACAACAACUUUAACAAACAAAUAACAAUACAGAAUACCAAGUAAAUUGAAAUGAUUCCUGCCCUCCAUUCGUAUCAAACCAUUAAAACUAACUCAAAACAACGUUUUUUAUAGGAUAUAUGGCAUUGAUUUUUUUGUGAGAAAUGCAUAUAUAUACACAUAUAUAGAUAUAUUGAGCAUAAAUGCAUACAUAUAUUGAAUAAAUUACAAAAUAGUGUAGCAUUUUUCCAGACAGUACAUAAUAAUACUAUCUAUCUAUAACAUUAUAAGCAUAGCAGAUGUGUUUUGCUUAUAGCCAGAGUUUUUUCCUGUAUUCUGAGAUAACUAUUAUACUACUUAAUAACUCCAAAGAAAAACACAGCUCUACAGUUUCCGGUACCCACCCAGGAAAGGUUUACGCAUAUUGCAUUGCAACAUUUUUGGGUCCGCUUAGCGUGGCUGACUACUUUAUCGAGUAUUCGAAUUUCGAAACAAGAUGAACACCCAAAACAAUAAUAAUGUUUUCAAACCUUAUUACAAAUGCUAUGCAUAACGUGAAAAUAAAAUAUAAAUUCUUGAUACCUAGUAUAUAAUGAUACAUAUAAUAUAUAUAUGUAUGUAAAAUGUGUGUGUAUUUAUUUUUAAUCUACAUAAAUGUAAAUGGUAUUUCCAAAAGACCAUUAUAAAAGGUGUUGUGCUUUUCUAGAAUUUUAUUAGUAGAAAGAAAUGUUUAUUUUUUGUCACAAUAAAUACAAAAAACCAAAAAACUAAAACGUUAUAAUAAACAAAAAAAAAAGAAAAAAUUAUAAAAGCAAAUAUAUAUAUAUACAUAUAUACAU